AUUUAUUUAAUUAGUAGAUUAAUGGAUAAGAUGUGUGUGCAAGAUGCAUCAAUGCAGGCAAAUAAGCCUAGACCUGGUGUCGGUGUAGCUGCUAUCGUUACGAGUGAUAAACAUCCCCGUUGUGUUAUCCUAGGAAAAAGGAAAGGUAAAAUUGGUUCGGGUUUAUACCAACUACCCGGUGGACACUUGGAAUUUGGGGAAUCUUGGGAAGAUGCUGCUAUUCGUGAAGUUUUGGAAGAGACCGGCUUGCACAUCACAAACAUUUGCUUUUGCGGUGCUGUAAAUUCAGUAGUUCCAGAAAUAGAUUAUCACUAUGUUACAAUAUUUAUGAAAGGCAGCAUUGAACAAUGCGGGCCAUCUGAACCACAGAAUUUAGAGCCAGAUAAAUGUGAAGGAUGGGAAUGGAUUGAGUGGGGUGAUUUACCAGAAGCAGAUUUACUAUUCUAUGCCUUAAAAGAUUUUACAUUAACUGGAAUAAACCCUAUAGAUAUGUAAACUACGAGAAAAAAGCAUGUUUGUUAUACAUGAAUGUCCACACAAAAUAAUUACAAUAAUAUUAUAUUUUAUCAUUUAUUAGUUUAUGAAAUCUUAUACAUUUAUGUAACACCUUUUUUUUUACAAUGCACAAUAAAAUCAUA